AUGAACACGGACGAGUUGACUGACGAGGAUGGGGACGAAGAGGAGGAGCCGAAACUGAAAUACGCAAAGUUGACUGGGAGCUUGGCCAAUGUCUAUCGCAAUGGUGACUCGACAUCCGCGUUCAUCGUCGCCGGAGACAAGAUGGUAGUUGGAACCCACAGUGGGAGUAUACAUGUCUCGUCAAUACCGACGCUUCAGACUCUGCGGACAUAUCGCGCACACCAAGCCAGUGUCACCAGUGUCUCUGUAUCACCGGUGCCGCCGCCUCCGGUCUUGAUGCGCGCUGAGGGUGGAAAUUUGGCAGUCUUUCAACCCGCCUCAAGCACAUCGACGACCGCGGCGAAGAAACCUCCCGCCACGAACAACGGACGCAGUACUCGCACAACACAAUCGCCGCCACAGGUGAUACCAAACACGCCCAGCAAUAACAUCUACAUCGCAACGUCUUCACUCGACGGACAUGUUUGUAUCCAGUCGUUGGUCAAUGUCGAGGAUGUACAGCUACGAAACUUUGCGCGACCAGUCAACGCGGUCGCGCUGUCCCCGGAUUACAAGAAUGACCGAACGUAUCUUUCGGGUGGGCUUGCUGGUAAUCUCAUCAUGACCGUUGGGGGUAAAUCAGGCGUGAGCACCGAUGCCAACACGAACAGCGCCGCGGCUGCGGCUUCGGGAUGGCUAGGAGCGAUCGGUCUCGGUAGUAAUACUGGCCGUGAUCAGAUCUUGCAUUCAGGAGAGGGAGCAAUCAGCUCAAUCAAAUGGAGCUUGAGCGGAAAGUGGGUCGCCUGGAUCAAUGAGGAGGGAAUAAAGGUUAUGCGGAGUCAUUUGAAGCUAGGAAGCGAGGACAGCGAGGACGCAUGGCGCAGAAUUGCACAUGCACAGAAGCCGAACAAAAAGAUAUGGGAAGAAAUGGCGGGAGUCUGGAAGGGCCGUUGUGAAUGGGUGGAUGACAAGAGCCUCGAGGCCGACGAGCAAAUCCCCGAAGCCGAGGACGACAAAGCCGCGACAAGCAAGACGAAGAAAUCGGCGAAAUUUGAGAAGCUCGUCGUGGGAUGGGGUGAUACAGCGUGGUUGCUUCAUGUGCACUCUACUAACGCCACAACCAGCUCUGGCAAGCGACAGGUCGGUAGCGCGGAUAUCAUCCACAAACUACAUUUUGUGGACUGCAUCGUGUCAGGCAUUGCGUUCUACACCCCAACACUCCUUGCAAUUCUUGCAUACCGGACAAGGGACGACAACGACAAACCUCUCGCGGCCCCUGCAGCAUCAGGUAAAGAGGGCAACGCGCAGACUGCAAAAGCCGCGCUCAAGGGUCGCCAGCAUAGGCACACUGGGUUAGCGCCGCAGCUGCGCCUGGUCAACGUGAUCAAUGGCGAAGAAGUCGAUCUGGAUGAAUUGUCCAAUAUCUCCCGUUUCGAGACCCUUUCAAGCCAAGACUAUCAUUUGGGAACGGUCUAUAUUCCUCCGCCAGCUCCACAAUCCACCAAGGCUGCCAAGGAUACUCUGGCGAAGGGCGCGUUGGAGGGUAUAUGGGAUGCAGCAAGCGGAGUCUAUGUUAGUCGCAUAUUCACAUCAGCGACUAGUGUGAGGAGUAACGACAGCCCGGAGCCGAAAAAGAAGCCUACAGCCGCACAUCCAUAUGCACUCGAGGCUGGGCUGAAACUGUUCAUGUUUAGUCCCUACGACUGCGUGUUGGCGGUUCGACGUGAGCUGACGGACCAUCUGGCGUGGCUGCUCGAGCGUCAACAGUAUGCGAAUGCAUGGCACCUGAUCGACAAGCAUCCCAAUAUCGCUGACAAGUCAGCAUCUGCCGUUGAUCAAUUCGUGUCUGCAGGUUCAAAGCCAGGUUCACCAACAAAAAGCAGCGGCACCGAACAGCAGGGCCAGAAAGGAAGCCUUGCAGAUUUCUUCGCCGAUGACAAUAGCUCGCAGUUCGGCGGGGUUGAUGGCUCGCCAUUCGCAAUACGCCGAGCGGAACAGGAAAAACGCCGUAUCGGACAACUGUGGCUGGCGCAGCUCAUUGCAGACGAUAACUGGGUCGAGGCUGGCAAGAUUGCCGGAAAAGUCCUCGGCAACAGCAAUCGGUGGGAGCAUUGGGUCUGGACAUUUGCGCAAGCAGAGAAAUUUGAUGAAAUCACGCCGUACAUUCCCGCGACGAACGACGACCAAACGCCACUACCCAGCAGGGUAUAUGAGGUCGUACUAGGCCACUACAUCUUCACAGACCGGAAGAGGCUGGCGCAGCUUUUAGACCAAUGGGAUCCCGAGCUAUUUGACGUUCGAAGCGUCAUCUCCACAAUCGAAGAAAGGCUGGCGAGUGACGAGGUCGCAGAGGACAGCAAUGACUGGCGCAUUCUCAUGGAGUCUCUCGCAAAACUGUAUCUGGCUGAUGGUCGUGCACGAGAUGCAUUACGAUGCUACAUUCGGCUGCAAGAUGCGGAUAGAGCAUUUGCGCUCGUCCGGGAAGCAAAGCUGCUCGACACUGUCACAGAGGAUAUCCCUGGGCUGAUCAUGCUUCGUAUCAGUAAGCAGCAGAUACGAUCCGCCCCGCUGAGCGAGCUGGAGGAGGGUACCUCGGAGGCUAUUCAACUAUUGGCUGACGAGGCUCAACGCGGGACGGUCCCCACUGCUGUCGUGAUUGACCAACUACAACGGAAAGGCGAUGCGUUCCAACCUUUUCUGUAUUUCUACCUUCGGGCGCUCUGGAACAGUAGUAAAGGCACGGCGCUCACCCGCAGCCGAUGGCGAAACUUCGGCGCCGUGGACGACGGCCAUGCUCUCGUCGAUGACUUUGCCGACCUGGCAGUAUCACUGUUUGCCGAGUACGACCGCCCUCUUCUCUUGACCUUCAUUCAGAAGAGCGAGCGCUACAGUCUUGGAAGAGCGACGGAAAUCUUCGAGCGCAGACAUUAUAUCCCCGAGCUCGUUCACAUUCUGAGCAAAACAGGAGAGACCAAACGAGCAUUGAGUCUGAUCAUUGGUGAGCUCGGCGAUGUCAAACAGGCCAUUGGUUUCGCCAAAGAGCAUCCGGAUUUGUGGGGCGACCUGUUGGAUUACUCCAUGGACAAACCCACAUUCAUCACCGGUCUGCUGGAAGAAGUCGGAGCUGUGAGUCUCGGCAGCGAGUUUGAUCCUAUCGAUGUCGUGCGCCGCAUUCCCGAAGGUCUCGAGAUCGAAGGCCUCAAGCGCGGAUUGUGGAAAUUCAUCCGCGAAUUCGAAAUACAGAUGAGCAUCUCCGAAGGCGUAGCUAGAGUGUUACGUGGAGAAGUCACUGCCGGCAUGGACAUCCUGCGAGCCGGACGAAGGAAAGGCGUUUCCUUCCAAGUCAUCCACGAAACUGCCAACGAAGUCGAAAUCGAAGUCAAAGACGUCCCUCUACAAGUCUCCGAAAAAACCGCAAUCAAAUUGGGAGACGACAACAAUGACAACCUCCCAACCCCACAAAGCAAAUCCACCAAAAGACCAGCCUCUGCCGCCAUCGUAGCGCGGAAAGUCGUCCAACCCGGCCACUGCUCCGGCUGCGAGGACAUCUUCCACGAGGACGAGAAGCAAAUCCUGCUAGGGUUCACCUGCGGCCACGUCUACCACCUGCCGUGUCUAAUCGACGCGCACCCCGAUACCAAAGACUCAUCCGCGGCCCGCGCGAUGCUAGUGCAGCUGGAAGACGUCACGGCCGACGACGGCGAUGUUGGCGGUACGAGGAGCGUUGGCGCCAAGGUCGCUCACGCGCAGGUCAUUCGCAACGUCCUCGGGCAGAUGGGCUGUGCUCGAUGCCGGGAUUUGGCAGAAAGACCGCCUUCGUCUUCGGCGUGA